UCUGUGUACUGGUAGUGCCGUUAUCAGGACGAUCGGACUACUAGCACUGCUGUCUUACACAUUCGUCAAUCACUGGCUAUAUUUAUUUUGCCUCGCCACCCUUCGCCACUGACAUUCGUUUUCUCCUUGUCUGACGCAGUCUGAGAUUGGUGCAAAAACUCACUGCUGUUGCUCAAGUGUUUGGUCUGGAAGUCGCAACCAACAGUUAGCUAAUGACCUGCGGGGUGGCAGUGUAACUUCGCUUUCCAACCUCUUCUCAACCCGUCUCUGUGCGGUGGUGGACGCCAGCAUAAUGGAUGCGCUGUGGAUGCUACCGCUGUUACUGGUGCCUCUGCUAUUAUUGACCAGUAGCACGUUUGUAUUUUAUUUUAAAAAGUGUUUUUAUGUGGCCUGGAUGAUGAUGUUGGCCGUGAUUGCCAUUCCGAUUUGUAUACUGAAAAGUGGCGGCAGGGAUAUAGAAAACAUGAGGGUGAUCCGUUUCCUGGUUCGUCAUGUGAAGUAUCUCCUAGGUCUGCGUUUUGAGGUCAGCGGAUGGGAGCAUCUACAGAUGGACGGACCUUACGUCAUCAUCUCCAACCACCAGAGCUCGCUGGACGUGCUGGGUCUGAUGGAGGUACUGCCAGACCGCUGCACCAUGAUUGCUAAGAAAGAGUUAAUCUAUGCGGGUACAGUUGGCAUCAUUUGUUGGCUGGGUGGCAUUGUCUUUAUUAACCGUCAGAAGACCAGCGAUGCUAAAAGCGUCAUGGCAGACGCAGCCAAAACCAUGCUGAAAGAGCAGAUUCGUCUGUGGGUGUUCCCUGAAGGCACCAGGAAUCAGAAGGGAGAUCUGUUGCCCUUUAAGAAAGGAGCUUUUCACUUGGCUGUGCAGGCACAGGUUCCCAUCAUACCUAUUGUCUUCUCCUCCUACAGCAACUUCUACCUACGGAAAGAGAGAGAGUUUAAAUCAGGGACGAUUUCUCUGAAGGUUCUGCCGAAGAUCGAGACAAAGGGCCUGACUUCAGACGACGUGUCAUCACUCUCCGACCAAUCAUAUGCCAUCAUGCGCUCCACUUUCCUGGAGAUCUCUGGCCGCACCCCCCAGAGCAACGGGCCAUCCUCUGCCCACUGAACAUUCCACUGACCCCCAGUUUCCUCUCUUCCCAUCUAUCCUGACAGCUCCCAGAAUGCACUGCAGUGGCUCAAAACUUCUGUAGUCUUGGCGAUGGUGAAGACAAAACAACAAGGCGCUUUUGGCAUUUACUCGCUCAGCAGUACUCAUGAAGUAGGAACACACACACACACACACACACAUACAUACAGGCUGCAGUUACACAUGCACUGCUCAAAACACACACACACACUUCAUUAGUCCUCAUUUUAAGACUGUCUGUUUAAUUUCUUGUUGGAGUCCAGUGAUGUUGUUAAUGGGGGUUAGGUGUGGAGGUGCUUUGAGAUGUUGAUCAUGCGUCGUCAUCCUCUGGCCCGUUUUUGCUGUCAUUGUUGUGGAAACACUCUCGGAACAUUUGGAUCUCCACAUGGAUUUGACACCAUUAUGCAUGCCUUCAGAACUCUCUGUUAAACAGUCUGUUUUUCUCUCUCUCUCUCUCUCUCCUGCUGUUUGCAGAUCUCUCUUUCAUUUUUUUUUUUUUGUCCAUUUUAUUCAUGUGCGUGCUUUUGUUCUUUCUCAGACCUGGUCCGUCAGGUUUAUGCAAAUCAAAUUUCUGUUUGUUUUUUUUUUUGUUUUGUUUUGUUUUGUGUGUUGGUUUGAAACCAGAUGUGAGUGAAUACUUUUUUUUUUUCCUUCAAUGUACGCCUUACCUUUUCAGUCAGUGGUAUCACUCACCAAACACACAGCCUUGUCUCUCAUAGCCAACCCACCACCAGACCUCCUGCACGCUCCCAGAGUGGCCAGGAAUGAGCUUUGUGGGAAGCUCAGACUCUAUAGAGUUUGCAGAGUUAAUGACUGUCCAAUAGACAACCUUGUAGUCACUGUGCCCCGGCCAUCUCCCCUAGGAUCAUGCCACAAGACCGUGACAGAAUACCACUUUUUUCUUUUUUUUCUUUCCCUGAACACACUGAAUUGUCAGCAACAGUUGAAUUCUGGUGUAUUUCUCCCCGUUUCUCUUCAGGUGCUUCACAAAAAUUUGGUCCCUUUGUGAGCUUUUCCUCAGCUGUAUUUGUUUGUGUGUGUGUGUGGUUUUUUUUCUUUUUUAAUUUUGUUCGCUUGUUUGAUUAUGCCUUCCCCCCCCCCCACAUUUAAGACGAAGAAAGUGUCAAAACAUUUUCUCAUGAAGUGCAAUGUCUGACUGAACUAACACUGCUGUUCCAAAGUGCUUCCUGUCGUGCCAUUUGUGUGGAAGUGUGCGAGAGAGACAAAGAGACUUUUCGGGUUCUCCGAGCUGCACAUGCGUUCCCCAGCCAUGCUAAUAACCAGGUGACUGAUGUACAAACAAUACUGUCAACAAUCUCAUUGGUAAGGCAUCACUACCGCACAAUGUUUCUGAAAUGUUUUUUUUGUUUGUUUGCUUGUUUUAUCCACCAAAAUUUCAUUUUGCUUGUUUACAGACCCUGUUUUGUCCUAUGUUUGUUGUUUGUUUGUUUUUCUCUGAAUAGUUUUCAGUUAUCCCAAGCAUCCCUCACCGUGUCUGUUCAACUCGACUGAAAAUGACUGCAUGAAAUAUUUUUUACACGAGGGGUGGAAAAAAAAACAAAAACAAAGAUGUUACCUUUUUUUCAAAAAAGGGUGAUCAGUGAAAUGACAUGACCUCUCUGACAGAAUUGUUCAGUUUAAUAACUAAUUAUUACUUACAAAUGAAUUAUAAUAAGGUUUGAUCAAAUGUUUUAUUUAACAAAAUAUUAUAACUCAUUAAUAUUCACUUUUAAUGUAAACUGAUGUACAUUUUUGUUAAAGUGCUCUUUGAUGCAAGUUAAAUUCAAGUGCUCCCCAUAAACACCCUAAAACACAUACAUACAAGUUCUUUUACACACUCAAGGCCUGCUAUUAUUAUCAUUAUCAUUAUUAUUAGUGAUAAAUAUGCACAGAGCUGUAUGUGAAUAUGUUUUUAUUAAAAGAUUCGUGAUCAAGAAUGUCAGAAUUAUACUCAUGCUCCCUAUAUGCUGUGAGACUGGGAAGGUUUGUUGAUAUUUUGAAAUAUUAAAAUGUUAAUAUAUUUAAAUAUAUUGAUACUGAAAGAUGCAGAGGCGUGAGCAGACGGUAUAACCACACACUCUAGUAACUGUCAGUGUAUAAAUCUGAAGCUAGGCUUUUACUGGACUUUUUGCCUGCAGACAUCAGAUUUGCCUGUGAAAUACAUGAUACAGGAAUCAGCUUUUCCCUCUUUAUUCGAUGGACUCAAAAUGAAAAACACCUUGCAAACUGCACAUGCUGUAGUGUUAAAAUCAUUCUCGAGUAAGACGUUCACUCCUCUGUUUAUCUGUCGCAUCAGUUGUCCAACUGACACGUACAAAAUGAAUGUCAAAAUCCACCCGUCAGGUACCGCAGGCCAGAAAGACACUACCAGUCAACCGGAACAGUAAAUCACAGCAAAGAAGAAAAAAAAAACCCAACAAUCACUCUCUAGUGCAUUUUAUAUCUGUUUGAUCUACUUUGAUUCGUAUUAAAGAUUAAAUUAAAGACCUUUGUUGGUAAGGGAUGGAUUAUAUGAUUUGAGUGUAUAUUACGGUUUGGUAUUAAAUGAGAGAAGUUAUAAAUGUUUAUUAGAGGCUUAUAACACUUUUAGGAGCCAACAUGUUAAGCGUGCGUGUGAGGGACCUGCCCUGGAGGCUGGUCGUCACAUUCACGCAUCUACUGUCAGUCUUAUUGAAAUACAUUCAGAGACUACUGUACUUCAGAUUAGAUUCAAUUUCAAUAUGGGUUAAGAUUUGAACAUGGUGAGUAUAUCUAUCUAAAGCACUUUUCAUGUCGAUGAUUUGGAUCUAAAUUUGAAGAUUUUGCUCUCUCUCUUUUUUUUUUUUUUUUUGUUUCUUGCUUGUCUCUUCAUUUAUUUGUUUUUGCCAAGUGGCUAAAACAAUAAUGUGGCAAAACUCUUGUUUGGAAAAAUGUUAUAAUUUUCACCAAAGCUAUUAAAAGUGUAAAAAUAAAAAAAGAAGUGUUGGUAGCUUUAGAAUAAUUAAAACAACAUGAGUCUAUCCAG